CAGCACCAUGGAAGGCUCCAAAGCUUUCCUUGAGCUUGCGCUCGUAUUAGCUUCCGCGCUCUGCGUGAUCACUCCGUUCAUGUCGGUGGACGCCCAGAUCAGCACGCCCUGCAGCGCGUCCAUGAUCUCGACCUUCACGCCGUGCUUCAACUUCAUCACCGGGAGCAGCGCGAACGGGUCGUCCCCCUCCUCCAGCUGCUGCGACUCCUUCAAGAAGCUCUUGGGGACCAGCCUCGAAUGCACCUGCCUCGUCGUCACCGCCAACGUGCCCAUCCCGCUGCCCGUCAACCGGACCCUCGCGCUCUCGCUCCCCCAGGCUUGCAACGGCGGCCUUCCCUUGCAGUGCAAAGCCUCCGGGUCGCCCCUUCCUGCUCCAGGUCCCACACUGUUCGGCCCACCUCCUGCACCUGCAGCUUCUUCACCCCAUCAUCACGAAGCUGGAUCUGGUUCUCCACAUUUAGCUCCUUCCCCAUCAUUAAGCCCCCGAGCUUCCAAAGCAGUAAUAGCAUCCCCGCCAGCACCCGCGCCGGAAUCUGACACUACAGCGGACGCAACACCGGCUUAUCCGCCUGUGGAAUCAGUGGGUCCGUCGAGUACUCCCGGUGUCCGGCCCAUUCUGAACCCGUCGUCUUCUUCGGCGUCAACCCCAUCUCACCUUUCUUUAUCAUACCUCCUGAUUUUUAUAGGUGUUGUUGUAUUAAAAUCCUAUUGAGUGAUUGCACACUCUCCCCGUCUGGUGAUAUAUGUGUAUCUGUACGUAAGGGCAUGCACAUGCACGCAGGCUUUCGUUCUGUGGCAACCCUAAAUUUGUCUUGGUUCCUCUGAAGUUUGACCCCAGAAGUUAAAAGUACCUUUAUCAGCUAA